CUAAUGUUGUCAACACAAACACAAACAGCAUCUUUUACAGCAUGGAGCAGUCACAUGAGAUGAUCUCCAGUACAACAGAUUUACAUACAGUGGAAGGGAUCGUUCAGUCAUGGAUGGUGGAUUAUUACUUCACCCAGUUGUGUCGUCUCUUUAGAGACAGAUCUGCUGAGAAGUUUCACAAAACUUUAAAAAUAUUUCAGGCUAUAGUGGAUGAGUUUGAGACAUGCAGUGACAGUUUAAAUCAUUCAUCUCAGAGAACCAUCUGUUGUUUCCUUGCGAGAGUAAUGGACGGGGAGAAGCUGGAUGUCCACUAUGAUCGGGAUGCUCGCAUCACUCCAUUGAUGUCAUCGCUGCCAGUUUGGGACGUAUUGGAGGAUGUCGUAUGUGAUCCCACUUUACACGACAGUGUCAGGACUCUGCUGAUUGUUCAGUGUGUUGCUGUGUGUAUAAAAAAAGGCAAUUCACAGAUGGCAAAGGACACUCUGCAAUGGCUGGAAAAAGAGACUGCGAUACCAGAGAAACUACAUGGAAAGCUUACCACCAUUGUGAACAAGAAAGAUGCAUAUGACCAACUUCUGAUCAUCUUUACUUACAAUAAGCUACUGGAAAAAGUUGACACAUUCCUUGACACUCAGCAGGAUCUUUCCUCUGAUUUCUUAGUCGAGGCAGCAUCGAAAGUUGUUCAAGCGCGUCAGAAGAGAUCGGACAAAGCUUCAUGUGAGGAGGACAAUGGCAAGAAGACAUCAUCCAGCCCAGAGUCAAAGAAAUCAAAAGAGAAUGAAGACCCGGGUGAUCCAGAGGUGGUAAAUAUCAGACCCAAAAAGAAACUCCUUUCAAAACAAAUUGAGUUAUGGAAACCAGAUUCGAUAAAGAAAGAACCAAGGCCGCUUAGGAGAAGCACCGUUUGCAGGGUUUCCAGGAGGAGUAGCAUCCCUCCAGUAGCAGAAAGCAAUAUUAGUGCAACAAACCGAAGCAGGAGAAAAUGGACAUCAGAAGAAGACAAGAUGCUUAAAUCGGGUGUUAGACGGCAUGGGGAGGGGAAAUGGGCUGUAAUCCUGAAUGAAUUUGACUUUAAGAAUCGAACAAGUGUUAUGAUUAAGGACAGGUGGAGAACUCUGAAGAAACUGCACUUGGCCUGAGUUGCUUAUUUUAUUUUUUGUAUAAUUAUUUUCUAAUUAUAUUGAGUUCUUGCUUGAAAGUUGUUGUUAUCGCAAGCAGUCCUGUUUCAUAAAUGUAUGCAGUUGCUGGAACAGAUGUAUAGUUAUGAAUAUUCUUACGAGGUUGUGUGUUUUUUUAUCUCUUAUUUUACUGAUUUUACUCCGUUUCGUUUUAUUUUUAUACAAAGCCAAAUUUAAUUGUUUUCCAGUGCAUUAUUUUGCUUUGUUUUCUGUUCUAAAACUAAAUAAAUGGAAACAUUUAAGGCAAACAAACCAUGCUAAGCAGAAUAACGUAAUCUGAUUUGACAUUUUGAGCUUUAUGAUAAAUAUUUGUCCAUUAGAGGGCAGAAGUGAGAAAAGGUCAACUUUGUUUUGCCUUUAUUCAUUUUGUAAAUAUAGCUUUCAAGAAAAAAGUUUAUUUAAAGCAAAAUGACUGUACAAACUAAUGGGUUUUUAAUAAAUGUUUUCAGACAGAAAAUGA